AUGUCCUAUUCAACGAUGCCAUCUGUGGGUUUCUCAAUCCAAAGUACAACGGCAGAAGAACAUCCGGAGGAAAUGAUGGCCCAGAGCCAGAUGAUCGAUGUGAUGUUUGAAACAUCUGAGCACACGAGAAGUAGCCGUCCCGGUAAACCCCAGCAACCACUGCAGAUUCUACCGCCGCUACUUAUGACUCAGAGUGUGGGAUUUGUUGCUCCGCCACUAACGCAGCCAAUGAUGCAAAUCUCCCUCUCAUUCGACCAGACGCCACGUCGUCAACUGGAAGAUAUGGCACGACGUGGACAGCGCUUCUGCUCGUUGCCACCGGUACCGGAACUUUCGACUCCAAGCGAAAGUUCCAUGGUUGAAUCGGCACGGACAGAAAGUUCCCCAAAUCCUACGGGUACCCUUGCCACCGAACCUGCAGAAACAUCGUCAUCACCACCGCCAACAGCAGUACCCAUGGAGCCAAUGAAUAAUCCGAUGACAACAUCAAGAUUGUUCCAGGAAUUCUCGAAUCGUCAUCUUCGUGAACAAGGCUACUGA